AUGAGACGCGCAUCGCCUCGAGAGGCCUCAUGCCCCCCGUCGUCUGCCUGUCCAUACUUGUGCCCGAGCGCGGCUUCCUUGGAAGUAAGGAUCGCGCCAGCCGGCGGCGUGAGCCGUCGGCGGCCUCUCGUGACAGGCGAACGGGACUGUGAUGCGCUCACGCAGCAUCUAGAGGAUACGGACAGCGCGGUCGCCGACUUCCCGCAGGAGGGGUUCUCCACACCGCUUACCAUAUCUGGAGAGCGCAACCUUGAAAGCCCGUUUCCCGCGCCGUCAACACGCUUUCCCCUUCCAACCACUCCCAAGCGAGAUUCACGCAUCGUUUUAGCCCCAUUGCCACUCGAGCUACCCACGGAGACGCCCUCCGCCGAGCUAGUUGUCCUAGCGGUUCGCCUCUCUCCCGGUCUCACUCCUCAACCGUGUACUUGCCUGCUGCCCAACCCUCCGUCGCGGCCUCAGCCCCAGACUUGCCUGGCUCCCCGUGACAGUAGUAGCCGAUGCACUACUCAACAUACCACAUCUCAGGAGUCACGGCACCCUUCAAGCGAAGCGUACCUGCUUUUGAAGCAGUUGACGAAGCCCAGAGACCGCGUUCGACUUUGGUUAGCUCAGGUGCUGCAGGAGGAGAGCGAAAAGGAGGGGGGUGAGACAACGGUUUAUACUCCCGUCGGUUCAAAAAAAGUGGUGAUCAAGGAAUCUGAUGCCUCCUUCAUCCGAGCAUACGGGCAACUCUGGGGGGAGGACCCAGUAGCAGAGGCGGGAGCUCUCCUCCGCAUUGGACAGUCGCGGGUUGUCGCGAUGGAAGGACAAGCGCACGGCGACGAGCAUGUCAUCGCGGUGGAGACGGUCUUUGAGGGCGCGGGUUCGAGUCGGGGACUGCUCUUCAUGGUAAUGCCCUACCUGGUGGGGGAGGAGCUUUUCUACCGCGUCACCAAAACUGCAGGGCAUGAGGGGCUAGGGGAGGACGGAACACGGCCCAUAUUCCGGCAGAUCGUGCAAGGUCUCUUGCACUUGAAGAAGGCGCAUGGAAUCCGACAUGGUGACGUCUCUCCGGAGAAUGUGAUGGUGGGGCCUGAUGGGCACGUCACCCUCAUCGACCUGGGCAUGGCAGAGCGCGUUCCCUCCCUCCCUCCCUCUCUCCACCCUUCCUCUUCCGUACCCCCUGGAGUGCUUUUACGAGCUCGCCCCCGGCGUGGGAAGAAGCAGUACAUGGCACCAGAGAUCUUCGAAGAGCGGAACUACGAUCCUUACGCCGCAGACGUCUGGGCCCUCGGAGCCUUGCUCUAUGUGUGCUGGACAGGUUGCACCAUCUAUCGAUCUGUUACUGACGUGCAGUUCGCGGCGUUGAAGGAUACUGCGGGGAUGGGCGGGCUGCAAAAGCUGCUGGCAGAGAGGGAACUCUCGGGGAGGACCCGGUCUUUGUCUGCGGAGGCAAAGGACUUGCUGGGCCGGAUGAUGGUAUGGGAUCUUGGAGAGCGAAUGACGCUAGAGGAGGUGGCCGCGCACCCCUGGGUGCUGGCAUCGGCAAAAGAAUGGGAAGCGAAGGAGUGGGACGGACAGGUUGAAGUACCCUUGCCCCUGUUCAAUUCCUCCUCGGUCUCGGCGCCCCCUGUCCUGGCGCGGAAGGAGAUAGCGCAAGGAGGAGGCUUCUCAGCCCUCUCAGCCCUCUCAGUGGGUAACUGUAAGGAAGAUGUGAAGGAGGAGGGAGCUAAGGACGCCGAGGAUAUCGUGCAUCCCCGUACGUCCUCGUCCACUACGAUGUCCACCUAUUCCAAGCAGGUCAGCAACAACAGUGACGACAACAGUGUCAGCUCCCUCCGUGUCUCGGAGAUGGAGAACCUGCGCAACAAUUUUAAUAACAACAAUUACGAGAGAGAAGUAGACUGGGAAAAGGAUUUGGGACAUCACUAUCGCGACGAGCAAGACGGAGGCACCUCGAGAUCAGCCUCUGUUUCAUCCUCCUCCCUCCAGUCGCGUUGUUCCUCUUUCGCCGGGGACGAUGGGAGAUCAGGAGGAGAAGGACGGGAGACAUGGGUCAGUGAAAGGGGCGCCUUCACUCCAUCAGAUAUGGCCUUCUGGUCGUCGUGA